AUGUCGCUCACACAGCGAGAAUUGUUCGCCAUAUCGACGACAGAACGCAUAUGCUCUGCGAUCUCUCUCGCUGGAACAAGUAUCAUAGUCAUCUCUUUCCUUGCAUCGGGCUCCUUUCGCAAGCCGAUCAAUCGUCUUGUAUUUUAUGCGUCAUGGGGAAAUAUCAUGGCAAAUGUAGCCACGAUGAUCUCUCAGUCGGGCAUCGCCUACGGGACAAGCAGCUGCCUUUGUCAGUUCCAGGCGUUUCUGAUUCAAUGGUUCAUGCCCGCUGAUGCGUUGUGGACUCUGGCCAUGGCAUGCAAUGUCUACUUGACCUUCUUCCACAAAUAUAACUCAGAACAGCUGCGACAGCUAGAGUGGAAAUACGUGCUAUUCUGCUAUGGCCUCCCCUUCAUCCCGGCAUUCGUUUAUUUCUUCAUAGAAACCGAGGCUCGAGGAAAGGUUUACGGCUCAGCCAUACUCUGGUGCUGGGUCUCGCUCCCCUGGGAUUUUCUUCGCAUUGCAGUCUUCUAUGGUCCAGUCUGGUUCGUCAUUUUCUUGACAUUUGCCAUCUACCUGCGUGCUGGCAAAGUGAUUUUCGAAAAACGACGGCAACUCGAGGAGGCUGGGUGUUCGGAUUCUUGCGGCAAAAUUGACAGUCCUAUGGAGCCCGCUUUUUCCAAAAAGACAGAGAUACAUGUCACCAGCGAGAUCACACAUUCUGGAAGUGAAUCCAAUCGAUUGACACUCACGAGUGCCAGCCAUAUCCCGCAUCGAUACCUCAGCCCAUACUCGCCCUACUCUGUAACCAUUGAAGGUGGCAGCGCCUCUGGCAACGACGAAAAUGUGCCAAUGCGGACUUUGCGAAGCAGCCAGCAUGACCCAUACGCUCAGCGUCGCGCGACGGCGAGAGACGUGAACUCGGCCGCUUGGGCCUAUACCAAAUAUGCGAUGCUUUUCUUCAUCGCACUGCUUGUCACAUGGGUACCCUCCACGAUGAACAGAUUGUACGCGUUGAUCUAUCCGCACAACUUCAACUUCGGCAUGAACUAUACGUCCAGUUUUGUCCUUCCGCUGCAAGGGUUCUGGAAUAGUAUCAUCUACGUAUCGAUCUCGUGGCCUGCUUUCAAAGAGGCUUUUGCGAACAUCAAAUCGCGACAUUCAGUACAUAGGGGUCCUUCCCAACACAUCAGCACUGGACAUGGGGCUGUCGGAAGUCUGCAUUCGCAUGGGAACGACAGCACUCGAGCAUUGACGGGUUAA